UUAAAAAUUCAAACUGUGGGCGAAAUAAAUCCAAAAUUUCUGAAAUGGGCGAAUGGGUAAAACUUCUGAAACCUGGUGAAACCUCCGAAACUGAAAUGGCAAAAUCUCUGAAAUAUUUUCAAUAA